AUGAACUACAAAAUACCUCUCCUCAUUGUUCUAAUCUCCGCCUCCCUCUACUAUUUCUUCUCACCUGCCUCCCCACUCUCAGACACACAACUCACAGAACAUCUUAAUGGCAAGGUAGUCCUCAUCUGUGGAGCUAGCAGUGGUAUAGGAGAGGAACUUGCUUACCAAUUAGCUGCCCAUGGAGCUAAACUCGUACUGGUGGCAAGAAGUCAGGAUAAGUUAGACAAAGUUAGAACAGAAAUAAUAAAAAGAGGGGCCCCAGAUGAAGAUGUGAUAACUAUAUCUCUUGACUUCUCAGAUGUGUCUAAAAGCAAGGAGGUCGUGGACCAAACAUUAGAAAAGUUCGGAGGACUUGAUUACCUGGUCUCUAACCACGCUGCAAUAUUUACUGGUCCCUUUCUGGGCCUGCCUCAUCUUCAAGAUCCUGAGUACAUCGAGAAGAUAUUCAGAGUAAACUUGUUCAGUCAUAUCCAACUUGCUGUUCAUGCCCUGCCACAUUUAGAGAAAAAUAAUGGUCACAUCUACUUUACUUCUUCAUUAGCUGGAGAGAUACCAGUAUAUAGAAGCAGUUUAUAUUGCUCAACAAAACAUGCAAUGAACGGGUUCUUUUACAGUCUUCAACAAGAACUACUUGCUAGAGAGUCUUCUGUGUCUCUAACGAUCGGCUCACUUGGUCUCAUUUUAACAAAGGAAAUAUCUCAGUUGAUGGCAUUUGGACAUCCUUACCCAGCGUGGGCCAGAGGAAGUUUGGAGGAGUGCUCAAGAGGAGUUAUGGAAGCCUAUAUAACGAGACCCCAAACUAUGACAUAUCCCAGAAUCGCUGGUAUGAUUUAUAGGGCCAACUGGUAUUUUGACCCGCAUUUUCAUGAAGGCAUAAUUCAAAGAUUCAAAGCUAAGGGGACUGAAGGAAAAGGUUACAAGGAAGUAGUAGAAAAGGUCAGUCAGACAGCUGAUUUACUCAAAAAUAUGGAGUACCAACUGGGGUAUGGACCAGGAGAUAAAUAAGCAUAUUGAUAACUAAAAAGUAUAUAAACUGUGGUGUGUAUAAACUGUACUCAGAUUCAAUUAUCUAAAGCCACAGGUUAACUGCAGCUUUAACAAAUUGAAUCUCUUUGAUUUUUCCUUUUAUAUUUUAAAAUAGAAAUUUGCCUCCCAAAAA